GAUGACUUCACUCAUCUACCUCUUGUGUUCGAAUGUGGUUGAAACCGUGUAAUUUACGCUGUAAACUUCAGACGUGAGGUCUUUCCUGGAUGAAAUACACAUUACUUUGCUGUGGUUUGCAUUUUUUACUCUAAAGGAGGAUAUCAGGAGGAUCCAAAACAAUUCCGCCAUGAGUGCGGCGGACAGGCAGGGGAGAGAUUACUUCGUUUCGAGAGAAGACUACCAUAAGAUGGUCGAAAAAGUAAAACAAUGUGAGGCCGAGAAACUCCAGGUUAUGACAGAUCAGGGAAGUUUAAUGAGAGAGUUUAACAAGAGAAUGCAAGUUCAUUUAGAAGAAAUACGUUUGCUAAAAGACGUAAAUCAGAAACUUCAAGCAGAUCUUCAAGAAUUGCGGGAUCUGACUUGCUAUUUGGACGAUGAUAGGCAGAAGUGCCGAAAACUUGCUCGCGAGUGGCAACGAUUUGGACGUUAUACGGCAUCAGUUAUGCGAAAUGAAGUAGCAAAUUAUCAAGAGAAAUUGAAAGUUUUAGAGGAUAAACAAAGUGAUCUUUCACAAGACAAUGCAGAGUUAAAAGAACUUUGUCUGUACCUUGAUCGAAAGCGCGAAUCCGUCGCUUUAGAAAACCGAACUUUCUGCACUAACUGCUCACAGCGUGUUGCGAGUAACCCGAGUUUGUCUCCAACCAAACAAAACAAUACAGGUAUCUGAAUUGAUUUAGCAUCUGUACUCUUUCGGAUAUGUCUAGUCUAAAGCACGUUUCUUUCAAUCCUGUUGCAACUAUCGUCGGUAGAAGGAAUAAUACGCGGUCGGUGAUAAUCUAUUUCUAUCAAAGUAGGAAUUUGAGAUAAAACUUCAAUGGUUUCCGAUUUAGUUUUGCUCAAAGUGGAUUUCGUUUAGAAACUCUUCAUACCAUUGUAACACAUGUACACUUUUUUCGUUUUCAGGAAAUGUCGUCGAUGAUCGUAGAAAUUCUUUUUCUGAGAGACUUGAAGCGAAGUUAACGGAUAUUCAGGAAGGAACAAAUCAUGAGCGAUCGCCUUCAGAAAGGGUAAGUGUAACGAUAAGGAAGUUGAGAGGCGAAAUUUACAAUUUUCUUGAUUUCUAAGUUGGAGACUUGACGAUUUUUUUUCCGAUUCUCGGAAAACAAUGUUAGAACUUGGUGCUAAAAUUCUAAUUUUAUCAAACGAUACUGGAAUUUGCAAGUGUUUUAAAACAAUCUACAUACUCGAAUGCGUAAUUUACAUACAAACAUUCAGUCCAAGUGUUACGUUGUUGACAUGUAUCGAGUAUCUGGGCAAGUGAACUCACGGCGAUGAAAGAUCGAUCGUCUCCUACUUCAAUGUGCAAUCGCCCUAUUAUGAGUUAAUUAUCUUUACAAAACGACGUCUUUGAUAUAAAUGCAUGUCUUUUUGUUUUUGGGAUUGGGCAGCGUUCCGCGCCAUUUACUCCGCAUAACACCAACGGGUGUUAGGUAUUCAAGAUCGUGUCGAGUAAUCUCGGCGUCGUAAAAUAUUGUACUUCGUAGCCAGACUAAAUGUCAUCUCUUGAAUUUGAUCUAAGGAGAUAUCGUCCGCCUCACAUAAGGCCGAUGUCGCAAAGAAGAGAGUUUCUUUUACUUUUCCCGGAGACGUAGACACAGUAAGUUUAUCAAGUAAAUUUUCUUCCGAUUUUUAUGUUUAAAAGCGAUUGUAACUCUACGGAUUAUCCAUCUACGCCCGGGAUUUUAAAAAGGCUAUCCUAUCAAAUAUUUGAGGAAGUUUCAUAAGAAGAUUUAUAUUAUCUUACUUAUCAUUAUCUUUUUUAUCCUAAACAGGGCAGUUUUUUGUGGUUUACAAUGCACUUAAUUGAUAUGUGAUACGUGUUCAGAUAUAUAUUGGUAUGGGAGGGGCAGGAAGGAAUCAUAUUCCAGUCAACCCGUCUGGCUGUGAUAGAGGGCAAAGUCUCUAUUAAUCACCACUGUGACAUGAAACAUUGAUUUUAAAAGGAGCAGAGAUUGGUCCUUCUAAAGUAGAGACUAUUCUUGCCAAUAUAUUUGACAGGACUCUCCAAUUUGUGAGUCUGACACCAUCUUGAUUCUGCUUGUAGGGUUUAAAAACCACAGUGAAUUCAUGAAUGAAAAAUAGUAGAUUAUAUAGUUGCAGAAAAAAAUUCUUAAGAUGUGUCAUAUCUCACACUCUCUCAAGCACCAAUACCAGAAACAUGCAGACAUUAUGUUUUUUUAAGAGGCACUGAAAAUACUUCAAUUUAAACUCAAAUAUCCUUCAGGUCAUGAUCAAUUAAAAUAUACAAUAAAUUAGGAUUGGGAUAUGACACCCUUAGUACUCUUCAGUGUUUUAUAUGAAUGAUACCUUUUAUGAUUUACUUGUCAUCUUUGUUAAAAAAAUGGGUGUAGAUGUGUAAGGUCUGACCACUUUUUAUCAUCAAUGGAUUAUUGAUUAUGACUCACUGGUCCUUAAUUAAACUACCUCUUACUGAGUAAAUUAUAGCACACAAGUAAAUAGUGCUUUUUGCACAUGUCUAUUAGCUAGUUUGGAAGUAAAUAGAAAAUACUAUUCACCUCUGAGCAGUUGAUGAGACAAAAUAGCAUGCCAAGAGUUUAAUUUCAGACUAUUUUUCAGUAUAUUAGAAUAAAUUAACUAAUUAGUUUUUCAUAUCAAUAUGAGUGAAAGUGAUGGAUAUUUACAUCACAGCUUCAUGGCUUGGUAAAUAACCAUCACUAUUCACCUCCACUAUAGUGGAUAAUUGUUAAUUAUAUUUUUGUAGGAUACCGAUAGUGUUCCAAGUGACACCCCACCAAGAAUUCCCAGGAGUAAUGGAAUUAAAAGUAAGUUUCAGUCAAAUUUCAAAAACUCAGCUUAUUUUGAUCUUAGAGCUUUGAUAUAGGUCUAAGCUAAUUCAGGAUAAAUAGUUUAAUUUGUAACUUGCAGCAAAUGACCUAGGAAUUGAUUCAAAAGGAUAUGUUUGAGUUUCAAAUAACUUACUUUGCUAUAACAACUUCCAGCUUAAAUCAAUUAACCCCUUAAACCCUAAGAGUGACUAGCAUCAAAUUUCUCCCUUCAAUAUCACCCCUGAAUCUCACAUCAAGGUCACGAGAAUAAAGGAAAUGAUAACCAACGAAAGAAGCUUUUGAUUGGUAAACAAAUUCUCCUUGUCAGCACCAUAGGAAAUGUAUAAAGAACAGUAUGGAGAAUAUGUAUACCAAUUUUAGGGUGUAAAGGGUUAACUCAUCAAGUAUUCUUGUGGGAGCUGCAGUGUCCUAAUGGUCAGUGCACUGAAGAGGUCUGGGUUCAAGAUCUGGUCAGGUUAAUGUGUUGUGUUCUUGGGCAAGACACUUUCCUCCUGCAGUGCCUCUCUCCCCAGGAAGGGAAAGGUCACCUUGCGAGGGGUGAGCAUCCCAUCUAGGAGGGGGUAGAGAUAUUCCUAGUCACUUCAUGCCACUUGGAAUCUGGGAGAAGCCUCAACUUGGCGAGCCAAGAGGCUUGAGUACAGACUUUGCCUUUACCUUUAUUCCAGUACACUUGUUUCCAUAUUUUGCUUACUUUUGCAACACAAGGACAGCAGUUCAGAUUCAUGUGGGUGUAUAGCAGAGUUACCAUUCAGGGCUGGGUUGUUCAAAGCUGGGUUAAUAUAACCCAGGGUUUAUGUGAAUUUUGAUUUCAGAUCUGAGGGCUUUAAAAGAAAAUGCAAGUUGGUUUUUUUUGUGUGUACAAGUUGAUGACUGGAUGUUCUAUAGAAAUUGGGAAAAUAAUCCCAAAACAGUUUUUAAACAGAGAAAUAUAGGUAACUGGAUUAAAAUUUAACCCUGGAUUAGCACUAAUUGGUCUUUGAAUAACUGAGCCCAGGUGUAUUUUUACAUCUGCUAUUGGGGCUAGUGCUUUUUAUUUUGUGACUAAACCAUACACUAUGCAAUGUAAAUAAUUUACAUUUGUGUUUUGAUUUUAUUUAUGUUUGUAAUAUAGAUGGAAAUCAGCCAGGAAUUUUGAGAAAUGGCAUGAAACCACUUCCCAGACAGGUACUUUGAAAAUCCUUGAAAGGAUACACGAAUUCUUAUCAAUACUUUUUGUCAUUUGCAAAAUAACAUUAGAUUUAUAUGUAACUGAUCUUGAUCAUUUGAUGAUAGAUCUGAUCUCACUUUGUUUUACUGUUCUCAACUUCAAGUUAAUAAUAACAAUUAUUGAAUCAAAGUUGAGUGGAUAUUUUGUUGAUUUUAUUCCCAACCCUUUGGCCCACCAAACUUCUCCUUACAUCAUCACCCCUGAAUCACAUAUCAAGGUCAACAAACAAAUUCUCCUUGUCAGCUCCUCAAGAAAUGUAUAGAGAAAUAGAAAAUAUACUGAUGAUAGGGUGUAAAGGGUUAAUAUUAAUAGUAAUUCACAUCAUUGAAAGAUGUACCAAUGAUUCAAUCUAGGGUCUGGGGCACUUAUUUACUUUUGGUACCUCAAAGGAGGGGGCUUAUUCAAGCCAGGUGGCCUAUUUCUUUUUUGAGAACAUCAGAGUGUGCAAAACGAAGCUUUCGUUGAUGUUUUUUUUAAAAGGGUCAAGAAAACUUGAAAAUGGGCUUGCUGUUUAGAUCCUUCUUUGCUAGAAGGAUUGGCUGAGCAAUGGCUACAAAAUUUUGAGGGAAGAUUAUCUGUUUGAAGGCACUGUGACUUAUAUGGACAUAAUUGUGGAGACUGAGACAAACCACUUUUUUGUAAUGAGGCUUGAAAUGAGAAGGAAGAUGAACCACAGUUGAUCUCAAUGCACAUGUACUCUAGCAGUUCCAUCAUGAAAACAGAAUAGGGGCACUUAUUGGAAUGAGAGUGCUUACUCAAUAGGGAUGCUUGUUAGAAUCAGGGGCACUUAUUAGCAAAAACUAACUUCAAGGGGGGUUCUUAUUAAAGAGGGGUGCUUCUUAGAAGGAGGGUGUCAAAUCGAAUCAUUACAGUAAAUCAUCUAGAGGGUAAAGAAUUAAAAGAAUGACAAUUUUUAUGUAAAUUUUUUGCAGGGUGACCUUCCCUUUCCUUCACCUCAACACAUGACGCCAGAAGCAGUUGCUCAGGCAAUGAAAGUUUUAGAAAUACAUGAGAAGUUAGAGCAUCCUGAUAACCCAGGUGAUUCUGAUGAACCAGCAGACAGACUGGGUGAUAAUGAGGUGGAAGUCCUCAAAGAAAUGUGUAAUGUAAGUGUACUUUGUGUCCCUCCUUGUGCAUGUUGGUUCCCAGCCAGGUAAACUGGGUGUGGUGUGCACAUGAAGUCGAGGUUUCACCCUUUGACCCCCUACGAGUGAUAAACUUCUAAUUUCUCCUCACAAGAUCACUCUUGAAUCACACAUUAAGAUCAGAGGAAUAAAGGAAAUGAUCACCAACUAAAGAAGCUCUUGAUUGUUAAAUAAAUUCUCCUUGCUAAUAUCUUAGGAAGUGUAUAGAGAACAGUAUGGAGAAUAUGCAUACUGAUGUUAGGGUAGAAAGGAUUCAUGUUAAAUGCACCAAGUUUUUUUAGCUUCAUAUUUCUCAUUUACAUUUUUCUGAAAUUCAUGGAUUUUAGGUUGUGUGGAGAAAGUUAUCAGAUGAGCCAGAACAGAGGCAAAAUGGCACCAAUGGGCAUGAGGAAGAAGAAAUCCUUGAAGACUUGUUGUAGACCCUGUUACAGUAGUUGCUUUAAAUCUUUGUCUUGUCAACAUUUUUUCUUGGUAACAGUAGCAAAGCAGAUUAAUAUUUAUUAUUUAAUUGUGAUCAGAUAAAGUACAGUCAAACCUUUCCAUAAUGAACAUCUUUGGACAGAAGGCAGUAGCCAUUGUAGAGAGUUGGCCUUUAUGUAGAGGCUUUACCUGCAAGCAUGUCUUCAUCAUUAAUGCUUUGACACAAGCAAUUCUUUGCCUUCUAGAAAGUAUGAGGCCUCUAGCAUUGGGGAAGGGUUGUGGCAUGACAGGUCACUCUGAUGUUCUCAAAAGCUUGAAUAUUGUUCCAUUUCUGCUUUAGCUAGUUUUGGCACAUAUGCAGAGUGGCGGCCAUGUAAAGAGGUUGAAAUAAAAUGUUUUGCUGGGAAAAAUGAAAACACUGCUGUGGCACAAUGAGUAGGUUCCUCUGUAAUACCUUUUAUUAACCUUCAACUCCCAGAAGUGAUAUAAAUUUCAUUUCUUGCUAUAAUAUCCAUGUUUUCCUGUAAACAGGUAAUGAGAAUACUCAAACUUAUCAGGUAGAAGGUGUUACUUAGAUCUAACACCAAAUUCUUGUCACUUAUUCACAAGGAAUUCUGUAGCAGUUAGAGAGGAGAAUUAAUAAUCAGAUCUUGGGAGUUAAAGGGUUAAAUCUAAUACGGAUUCAAAAUUUAUUUGUGGUGUUUUUAAGUGCAGUGAAAUUGUUGUGUAUAUAGAAGUAUCUAUCAACUGCACCACAGUUUAUAUAACUUGAUUAUACCCAUCACACUGGGUAUUCGAUAUUUUUUGUGGUACAAGUAAUAGUUGGACCUUUUUAAAUUAUUUGCCAUGAUCAUGAACUGCACUCUUCACUUUAUUCUUGUACAAGUUGAAGUCUUGUGUAGAGUAUAAGUAAGAGUAUAAGGUCUUUAGUCAACUUCUUAUAUUUUCAUGGCCUCAGAAAACCUUUAACUGUUUUCAAGUAGUCUAGCUCCCGAGUGGCAAGUUAUUUCCAUCCCAGGGUUUCAAUUACAGUGGUUCUGAAAGCAAAGGGAGUUUUGGAGGUCUUUGCAGGUCUCAAAAUUUGCAAUUUGCACCAAGGACUCUGUUGGAUGAAUGGUCUAUUUUGGUCUGUUGGUGAAUUUUUCCAGUGGUUUCCUAAUCUUUAACCAUUGGGUGAAGUUUUUUUGAUAAGUGAAUAACCAUGUUUGAAAGGUAGUUAAUUUGAUCAAGCUGUAAAGUAUUACUGAAGAUUUUGCAAAAGCUAACCUUUGGAAAUGUAAAAAGACCAGAGAGCAUUUAUGCAAUUUUUACCUUUCAUGACAGAAUUAUGCAUAAUAUUUAUUUGAUAUUUAAAUGUUUUCGCAAGUUUUUAUGAUUUUUGUUAUACAUGGAAAGGAAAACUGUCACCUGAGAAGGAAAUGCUGUUAAAAAAAUAUUUACCAAGUUU